CGUACUUGCGUGCAUCGUUGUGCGACGGCGAUAGGAAAUGUUGCCGCCGUCUGAAGCCGCCAGUAUAUCGCGCAUCUUUCAACAUACAAAAACGCUUUUACCGAACGAAAGCCGUCGGUUUUUACGCGAGUUUCACAACUUUUGCGCUCUUUUCCGCAAUUUUUCCAAAAGUGAAUGGAUUAGUGGUGUUUUAGAACUUUGCCGUUUUUAGUGGCUUGAAUCCUUACAGAUUGGAGUUCAUGCAGCUUCCACAGUACCAUGGUGGACUACUCGAUGUAUCAUGAAAACACAUCGAGCUACUUCCACUUGAUCAAUGCAAGCAACAUCAGCGACAGCGAAGACCGCAACCAAUUCAUCCUGCCGGUAUGGCGGCAAGUUUUAUGGAGCAUCCUGUAUGCAGGAAUGGUUAUUGUGGCAACUGGUGGCAACUUGAUCGUAAUCUGGAUCGUGCUGGCCCACAAGCGAAUGCGAACCGUCACCAACUACUUCCUCUUGAACCUCUCAGUAGCUGAUACCAUGGUGUCCACCCUUAAUGUUACCUUCAACUACGUCUACAUGCUCUACUCCCAUUGGCCGUUCGGAGAACUCUACUGCAAGAUCAGCCAAUUUAUUGCCGUUCUGUCGGUUUGCGCCAGCGUUUUUUCACUUAUGUCCAUUUCCAUUGAUAGAUACAUGGCGAUUAUGACACCGCUAAAGCCUCGCAUGGGCCGCAUGGUUACUUUGGUGUUGGCGCUCUCCACUUGGGUGUUGGGCAUUAUUAUUGGAAUGCCCAGUCUCUUGUACUACAAGACCUACAAGGAUACGUACUCUAAUGGGGAGGAGAGAGUCAUUUGCUACCCCGAGUGGCCGGACGGAAUCAGCAACGAAAGUCUUUAUGAGUACUAUUUCAAUGUGAUCUUCCUGGUGAUAACCUACUUGGUGCCAAUUCUAUCCAUGACUUACACGUAUGCUCGCAUUGGAAUCGAACUGUGGGGGUCGCAAAGUAUCGGCGAAUGCACUCAAAGACAAAUGGACAACAUCAAGAGCAAAAGAAGGGUGGUGAAAAUGAUGAUGGUAGUGGUGAUUAUUUUCGCCGUAUGCUGGCUUCCAUAUCAACUCUACUUCAUCAUCAUCGCCUACUACCCGAAGAUCACCAGAUCGAAGUACAUUCAGGAGACUUUCUUGGCCAUCUAUUGGCUGGCGAUGAGCAAUUCCAUGUACAAUCCCAUCAUCUACUGCUGGAUGAACGCCCGGUUUCGACGAGGUUUCAAACAGUUCUUCUCCUGGCUGCCGUUUGUGCACGUUAGUCCAGGAGCUCUGACGCGACGCGAGGUGUUAACCAGCAAAAGACGCUCCUAUUCCGGAUCGCCGGAUCACAACCGGAUAAUCCGCAACGGAACCCUUCGAGUGUCGUACAACCCCUACACGUCAAUGGCGGCAGGCCGACCAUCCCCAUCUUCGUCAACCAACACGUGCUACAGUCAGGUACCAGACGAAGUGAUGAUGCGUCGCUGUGAGAUGCGUCAAUUGUCCUGACAUAGGGUGAACUUGGGGGCGGCCAGUACAGCCGCCCCUGAGGGCGUCACCGCCUCUUCAAACGGCAGCGGUGCCAGCUCGCAGCGGAGGACGUGGAUAUAGGGCGGGGGGUCCUCACGGCUAAGCGCAAAGCCCCGUGAGGAUGACAUAGAGGAGGAGGAGAGCAAGUUGUAGACGAUGGCGGCAACAACGAAAUUCCUAUACUUAAGUGCUCUGAUACAAAAUGAACAAGUUCCUCUCAACUCGUCUACAACCAUUAGGACCUGGAUGGGCCUUUUUUGAAUGUGCGAUUGAUCACUUCGUGUCACUUUGUUCAGAAACCUCGAGUUUAACCAAAAAUUCACUAUUGAUAUAAAUUCAAUCGGCUUUCUAGUGGCCAGUUUACAAAAACACUCUCUGGUUUGAAAGGCAUUGCCUUUGUUUUUGUCUUCCGCGCAAAUUUUCGCCGGGGUUAAUUGCUCUAAUCCGAUAAAAACAUGUUAUUGAUUUGCUUCAAUGGGGACCAUCUGGGAAUUGGACUAAGGUUGUAAAAAAACGCUUUUUGCAGCUCUAUCAAGUUACACAAAAAACUGUCCCCACAUGCUAGAACCAUCCGAAACACACUCUGUACAUAGUAGGGAGCAACUAAAUGAAAAUAAGCAAAUUUUCUCUAUAGAUUAGAGCAGGGAAAACAGAAACGCUUUCAACAUGUAGUACUCUAAUGACUAUACCGAUCGCUCUGUACAUACUGACCAAAACUAGGAAAGAAACACUGAUUUUCACAAAAACCAACUAACGCCAUAUCAAUAAUCCUUAAUGACCAACUAUGUGAUAUUACUGAGAAGCUUAAAUCGAUCAAAAUGGAAUAGAUUUGUACAUAACUGUACAGUUAUCCAGAAAUAUUUAAUGUAAUAUGUAAAUGUAAAGCGCACCUAAAUUCACUUUAGCUAGGAAGAUCACUAUGUGUAUAAAAAAAAUUGCUGGAUGUAUGUAUGCCUCUGAUUGCCGUAGAGAAUGCUGCAAAUCCCCGUUUGGAACACUCUGUAUGACUUUCCAAAUAAAAGGAUAUUCAACUAAUGUAAAAUAGUGUAUGUUGGUGGAUUCUGUUAGUUUUUGCGCCUCAAUUCAGGGGUUUAAUAUGUUUAUCACUGUUAAUGUACUUUACUGUCGUUUAUUUCCAGAAAUAAACUGUUCAGAUACAG